CCAAGCAGCCUUUUCGCCAACCUUCCAUUUCUGAGACAUCUCUCGCAGAGGAAAAUUACACAUCGAAAGGGCAGCGAGAUACGGCAGAACGAAAGAAAAGAUCUUCUUCUCAGAGUGGGAGGAAAAGUCACAGGCUUUGAUGGAGGAUCUUUAAUGGCAGAGAAGGAUUUCUGCAGAAAAUCGCAUAUUUUCCUCAUUUUCUCAUAAUUUUUUUCUAUAAAAUCUUACAGCAGAUUAGAAUCCCAGAAAAACCCGGUUCCGAUUUUUUCUCAUCUCGUUCAAGAUCUCGUGUUUAAAUGACUACAGAGAGCAGAAGGUUAAAAAGGUAAUUUUUCACUAGAGAGAGAGAGAGAGAGAGAGAGACAGAGUUGCAGAGAAUAAAUAAAGGAGGGACGAGAGAACAGAAAGAAAAACAAAUAAAAUAAACUGAAAGAUUCACGAUAUUGUCAGCAGCUGAGAAAAAUGAGGUAUCUUUCUUUUUGAGGACACGUCGCUCCGAAGAGAGAGAGGGAGAGAGCUUUUUUAAAGCUUUCAAGUUCUGAGAAGAAAAUCCGAGCUUCUGUUUGAAAUUUUGAGAGGUGGGUUUUCUCUCUUUUGCCUUUCUACUCUGGUUUUCGCACUUUUCUAAUCGGUAUUUGUGUUGGGUCUUGUCCGUAAUUAUAGAUUUAAUAAUGGGUUUUUUCGGUUUUUUCUUUCUGUGACAUCGCUUUUUGUCUUCUAAUGCAGUUCUUCACGAGGCGUUGACAGGUUUUUCAAAAAUCCCUUAUCUCCAUCCCUCCUUUCAACAAUCUCCUGCUUCUCUCUCUCUCUCUCUCUCUCUCUCUCUCUCUCUCUCUCUCUCUCUCCUCAAUUCUCUUUGGUAACAGCCAACAUGUAAAGAAAUUUCAGCCGGGUUUUUUGGUUUCUUCUUUGUUCCAUCUGUAGGACUUGCUCUCUCUCUCUCUCUCUCUCUCUCUCUCUCUCUCUCGUCAGUUCUCUUUGGCAACAUGUAAAGACAUUUCAGCUGGGCUUUCGUUUCUUCGUUUUUUUCAUCUGUAGUUAUUAGGUGUCUCUCCUUUUGUUCUGUUUGUUUCAUUUUUGGCCGGAAUUGUCAGUUUCCGUCUUCCGGGGAAUGGGGCGGGCGUCGAGGUGGCUGAGGAGCUUGUUGGGUGGGAAGAAGGAGAGAGAUCACAGGGGGGAUUCGAAUUCCGGCAGUGAAAGGAAGGACAAGAAAAGGUGGAGUUUUUGCAACGUGGGUGGGGAUUCGAGCGUGGGUCAGAUUCCGGCGAGUGUUCAAGGGAGCAUUCCCACGGCAGAGGCAGCCUGGUUGAGGUCUUAUUACAAUGAGACUGAGAAGGAGCAGAACAAGCACGCGAUUGCCGUCGCAGCAGCUACAGCUGCGGCAGCGGAUGCAGCUGUUGCUGCGGCGCAGGCUGCAGUGGCUGUUGUUAGGCUUACGAGCUAUGGGAGGGGGACGAUGUUCGGUGGCCAUGAGCGCUGGGCUGCUGUGAAGAUCCAAACUGCGUUUCGAGGGUAUUUGGCAAAAAAGGCUCUUAGAGCCCUCAAAGGACUGGUGAAGUUGCAGGCUCAUGUCCGAGGUUAUCUUGUGCGAAAACAAGCUGCUGCAGCUCUUCAGGGCAUGCAAGCUCUCAUACGAGCUCAGGCCAAUGUCCGGAUGCAGAAAGCUCGCAGUCUCAUUAACACCGAGUGGAGGAUUCAGCCAGAAAUCCAUCCCCGUAAAUCGAUUGAAAGAUUCGACGACACGAGAAGCGAACACACAGCAUCAAUCCACAGUAGGAGGCUCUCAGCACCCCUUGAAGCUACCAUCAAUGCAAAUGCCUUCGAUGAGAGCCCAAAGAUCGUUGAAAUUGACACUUGUAGACCGAAAUCAAGAUCCCGCCGGAUCAAUGCCUCUAUGUCAGAUUGUGGCGAAGACCUGCAUCCCCAAAUGCUCUCCUCCCCACACCCAUAUCAUAUUCCUGCCCGUCUCUCCAUACCUGAGUGCCGUAAUGUCCCGGAGUUUGAUUGGGCACUCACGGGCGAUGAAUGCAGAUUCUCCACCGCCCAAAGUACCCCUCGGUUUGUGAAUACAAGUGGGUCGAAUGCUGGAAUGCCUGUAACACCUGCAAAGAGCGUCUGUGCUGAAAACUUCUUCCGUCGGUACUCUAAUUAUCCUAAUUACAUGGCAAACACACAGUCAUUUAAGGCAAAACUAAGGUCUUAUAGUGCUCCGAAGCAAAGACCUGAGCCAGGGCCCAAAAAAAGGCUAUCGUUAAAUGAAAUGGUGGAAUCGAGGGCAAGUUUGAGCGGCGUCCGAAUGCAACGGUCGUGCUCGCAGGCCCAAGAAGCUUUUAGUUUCAAAAAUAUUGUAAUGGGUAGGCUGGAUAGGUCUGUUGAGAACGUUAGAGAGUCAGAGAGAGACUACUUGCAGAAGAGAUGGUGAAAAGAGCCCGUGUGAGCUUGAGCUUGUUUUCCUCUCUCUGAUCCUAUUGUAAGAAAUGAAAAAAAAAAAAAAGAAAAGAAAAAAAAAACACAAAGGUGUGCCACUUCUCAAAACAUGAUGCGAUUUGAAUUUGUUUGUAGCUCUGAUUUGAACUUCAUAUUGAAUAUCUUCAGCUGUAUUUGGAUUUGA